AGGCCGAGCGAGGGUCCGGGUCCCACUGAGCACGAGGAGCCAGCAUGGAGGAGCCGCAGCGAGGAACCCGUAGGUGCCCAGCUGCUCUCAGGCUUUAACUCGAGGUCCCUGGAGGUGCUAGGCAGACGGAGGAGGUGACCAGAUCGAUCAGUGACGACGGCGAACAGAGAGCUCUUCUUCUGAGAUGUCCUGGGCACUUGUCAACAGGGGCUUGGAGCUGUUUGACUGUGAUUUACCAGAAAGUAGCAGUCAACACAAAGAAUCUGGUAGUAAUACCAAGGCUUCCAGUAUCCACACUCAGCGGCACGGGUAUAAAAGAGCAGCAAAGCAGAAGAAACUUGCUCAGCAAAAACAGAAGGAGGCCAGUAAGGAGCUGAUUCAGAAGAAGGUAACAUGUGUUCUUGAAGAAUACAAGAAAAAGGUCCAAACUGAUCAGACAGCUGACAAUCUCACGUUUCUGAAGAAGAUAGAUAAACGUAGAGCACCAGAGAAGUAUACUAACCAGGUUAAGCAACAGCAUAAUAAAGAGCUCGACAGGAAAACUGUAAAGCGAGACUCUCUGCAAGGAAAGAAAACUACAGAAGAGAAGUCUGUAUUUACUGAGGAAGAUUUUGAAAAAUUGAAUGAAGAGUGGCUGCGUCUCUACUAACAAACGGUACUACAAGUUUCAUCCGGUUCUCUGCCAGCAAUGAAGUAAUUUGCUGGUGUAUCAUUUAGUAGCUUGAGAUAUUGCAUGUAUUAUGUAAAAUGUAUGUAUGAUAUUGUAAAGCCUCUACUGAUUAGCCAAAGGCUGUUGCCUAGCAACACAAAUUGUGCUAGUAAUCUAAUGUAGUUACUGAUUUGCAUGCACCCCUAAGGAAAUGUAACCUGUUUCUGAAAAUAUUGUUACUUGCUUGAUAGUAUUUAUCAUUACAAAGGAAAGCAUGGAAUAACUCUCAAAUAGACCAGCUGUAAAACACUAGAUAUUAAAAGAACUUGAGUUGAAGCCUACUCCAAAACGAAAUAUUAUUUCUCAUAGUGCUCAACAGUACAAAAUAUUAUAUUGAUGUAUAUAUAUAUCUUUCCUUGAAGGUAUAAUGUCUCAUAAUUCUCAAUAAUGGUAUUUAAAUUGAUAUCUUUGCCAACCAAUAUUUCAGUGGGAUGUCCAGUUCAGUGUUGCAUGCACCCUCAAAGCUGUACUUUUUUAGGAUAUUGAAUAGUAAGUAAUGGUAAAUUUACUUGUUGUUUUACCUCGACUCACAGGCUUGUCUUGGAAUCCUUUGGAGAUUCUUAAGCCUUAGCAAUCUGUAAGUAGUUUGACUAGGAAUUUUCAGGAGUAGUGCACAAAGAAUUACUAGUCUGUGUUUUCUUUUCUUUAAGUAUAUAUUUGUUUUUUUUCAUUUUUUCGUGAUAGUAUGGACCUUUUCCUUUGUUAAGAAAUAUGAAAUUUGACUUAGAUUUUAAGAAGUUUUGUGCCUAACUUUUAAAAUUUAUUUCUUGGCUUUCACAUCUGUAAAAGAUACAAUAUGGCUCUAAAUGAAAAACUAACUGGCAAAAUAGUUUUGCGUGCGUUUGUCAGUUCACUUGUAGUGGUGACAGUGUGGCACUUACUCUAUGGAUCAGAGUAUGAUUUUUACCAUUUAGUUCCAUCCCCCAUGUAUGGGUUUGUCAUCAUCAGAUACCUUUUCCUCUUUCUUUCUCUUGUGAUCCUCUGUUUCAUGAUUUAUGCUUGUGUUAAUUCCAAUUCCAAUUCCAAUUUUCAGGAUCGGAACCAUUGACGGCAUAGUGAGACAAAUGUUGAUGCAAAUGUGAAGCUAUUACCACCUUUAGUGUGAAUCCAGCUGAAAUUGCCCCAAACUUGUGGUCUUUUUAGUAACUACCUUAAACCUGUGAUUUCAGAAAAAAUAACUGUGUAUAAGUGCCUUUUAACAGUAUCAGAAGACAGUCAUUGGUGUUGAAUGGCACUUGUUAAGUAAUAUUAAACCCUCCCAAAUCAAGAGCAAUGUUUGGGCAUGAUAAAGUGAUUGGUGAAUGUGUUCUUGGUUUAACCUUUUUUGUUGUUGUGUAUUACCUUUUUUGGGUUGUGGGACUACCAUUUACAGACAAGGAUAGUUCCCUCCGCCCUUUCUUCCCUGACCCCAUUAUUGCUAUAAUUGUACCUACUGUAAUCCUUAUUUUUCUUUUGACCCUAACUGGUGUGUAUAUUUUUGGUGCUCUAUACAAAGAUCAUAAGAUGAAGGAAAAAAUGUUGUGAAAUUUGUUAAAUAGAUAUUACUGAUAUUUGCAUUUUAUAUGUCCCUUUAAUAUUUAUAUUAUUUUUAUGGAAUAAAAGUGCUCAAUUUCA